GUCUAUAUGCCCGGGCAGGGUGCCCGAUUAAUCAUUCUCACCUAAUGGAACCCUCGCAUUCCACGUUUAUUCCGCUUCGCUUCGCAGAGCCUCUCUUCUGUGUAUGUACCUACGUAGCUGUGUUUCCUUGCCGCCCCCUUCCUCAUUCCGCCCAUCUUACACUAUACUACAUUACACCUCAGCACACUAGGUACCUACGUAUCAUCGCUCUUCCGCCCCGAGUCCGGAUGGAUCCUAUGUGUGCGUGUGUAUUAUUAGGCAUGGAGCCCAGGUUGCUGGCUGUGUCUGCCUCAAACGCUGGCGAACAACUUCGGACCCCGUCCGUCCGUCCGGAUAAUUCCUGGCCGAACCGAACCAACGGUCCCCUCACCACCCACUCAGUUACUUAUUCAGCUCCGUGUGACUGUGAGUGUGUAUUAUUAGCUACGGACAUCUCCCAAGUCCUAACACAGUAGUCUGUCUGUCUGUCUGUCUGUCUGUCCGUGUUUCAGACGCCGGCAAGCGGCGAAGCGCACUCACCCGGGUGGGCCCUCCCCUCCCUCCCCUCCCCCCCGGUCCCGGUCCCGGUCUUUCGGGAAAGGCUACUUACGCUAGUGAGGGUUGGCACCGCAACACCUUGCCUCUCCCCCGGCUGUGCUAAAUUUAAUCCUUCCUUC